UAUCCGUUUUUGCUGAUCCGCGCCUCUCUCAAGGCCGCGCGCCCUAUUUAUCCGACUUCCCCCGCCCCUCUCUCUAGAUUCUUCUGGCCGACGGCGAAGUUCUCUACUGGAAGAAACCCAAGUCCUAAGCGCGAGGGAGCAGCUUUCGCCGGAAGAAUGGAGAACGGCGAAGUACCUGAAGACGCUAACGAGAGCAUGAAUUGCUCUAAACCUUGUGUAUCUGGAUUCCCGUCUACAGAUUGUCCCGGUCCUCAGUCUGAAUCCGCGGGAAAGUCCGAUUCCUGUCAAGGAUGCCCUAACCAGGAAGCUUGUGCUACUGCCCCUAAAGGCCCCGACCCAGACUUGGUUGCAAUAGCAGAGAGAAUGGCAACUGUGAAGCACAAGAUCCUGAUUUUGUCAGGGAAAGGGGGCGUAGGGAAGAGCACAUUCUCAGCCCAAUUAUCCUUCGCCCUAGCCUCCCUAGACUUCCAAGUCGGUCUCCUAGACAUUGAUAUCUGCGGCCCAAGCAUUCCCAAGAUGCUCGGCCUUGAGGGUCAAGACAUCCACCAGAGCAACCUUGGGUGGUCCCCAAUCUAUGUUGAAUCAAACCUAGGAGUUAUGUCAGUUGGUUUCAUGCUUCCAAACCCAGAUGAAGCCGUCAUAUGGCGAGGGCCCCGCAAGAACGGCCUCAUCAAGCAGUUUCUAAAAGACGUCCAUUGGGGCGAGCUCGAUUUUCUUGUGGUUGACGCUCCACCAGGGACCUCAGACGAGCACAUCUCGAUCGUCCAAUUCCUCCAGGCGACAGGAAUCGACGGUGCUAUCAUAGUCACCACGCCACAACAGGUGUCCCUGAUCGACGUACGAAAGGAAGUGAGCUUCUGCAAGAAGGUUGGGGUGGAGGUUCUCGGGGUUGUUGAGAACAUGAGUGGGUUGAGUCAACCGUUGACAGAUUUCAAGUUCAUGAAGGCAGGGGAACAUGGGGAGCAAGUCGAUGUAACAAAAGCUGUUCUGGAUUGCAUGAGAGAGAAAGCUCCCGAGUUGCUGGAGCUGGUUGCGUUUACUGAGGUGUUUGAUAGUAGUGCAGGUGGUGCAGCAGAGAUGUGUCGGGAAAUGGGGGUCCCUUUUCUUGGGAAAGUACCACUUGAUCCGCAGCUGUGCAAGGCUGCUGAAGAGGGACGAUCGUGUUUUGAAGGCCAGAGUUGCAGGGUUAGUGCUCCAGUGUUGAGGGGUAUGAUCGAGAAGCUGCUGAAGGUGAAGGAAUGGAAUCAAGACGAGUUGCAGCAUGCAGAGAAUGGACGAGUGUAAUAAGAACAUAUGAUCUUUCUGUUUGCUUUUCAUUAGAUUCUCAAGUUUUUUCUUUGUUGUUCAAAGGUGAAUGCUUUGAGGAUUUUGUUUUUGGCAUACGAAUGAGUUGAAGGUAUACACAUGCCAACCAAAUAACGCCAUUUUUGGCUGUGAACAUAUUGCUCGAUGGCAUAUUGUGUUAUCCUAUAGAAAUUUGUAGCCUUUGAUUUCCAUUGGAGUUGAAGUCAGGUUCUACAGGCCGACUUAGUGAAGGAAAUUGUUUUCAGAAAUAUAUUCACUGAGCUGGGUUGCAACCUGGGCAGAGAUCACAGAAAACUGCAGUUCCAUUCUCAGUUGACAGAAACCGUAAGGGUGAAGAAACUCAACUAUCCAUUAUGUACGAGUAAUCCAGUUUCAAUACAGAUGGAAGUAACAUUUGUAUCAACAUACACCAAAAGGCACACGAAUUAGCAUCACGAUGAGUCCAAAAUCGGUUUUUGCAACCAGUCAACGAAGCAUCAGUUGUCCAAAAAAACCCAUCAGAGGGUCACAGCAAUAAUUCACUCCAGAACGCUGAAUCUCUAGGACUCGUGCAUGCUGCAUUUGAGUCUCCACAUAUUAGCUACUUUGGGCCAUAAUUCCUAGAGAACCUGCAAAAAUCUCCGUAUAGCCACUUCUUCUUCUUCCUUUCCAAACCCGUCCUGCUUUGGAAGGAUGGCUGACUUCUUUUCCAGUCGUUCCUCAAGGGGGAUCAAACGUUUCUCUGAAUGGCAUUACCAUGUGUUGAUGAAACAGGCUGUUCUCUUAUCCGAGACAAAAGCAUUGAAACUCCUUCCGUAGCAAUCUCCAACCUCUCCUUUGACUUGCCCGAUUCACUUAUCAAGGACGAUACCAUAUUCCGUAACAACUGCACGUUCUCUGAAUGAUUCCGCUGCGGAUCUCGAACCAGUUUACUGGGAGGUGUGCCUGUAACACGACGCCAGCGUACGGGGAGAUACCUUUCAGGUAUUUGGAAACAAUUCCCAGUGGAGAGAACACGAAGGGUAUGCCUGCAGAGUAUUCCAGAUAACUCG